UCGGCAACCUCGCUCUCUGCCUCCCUGUUUAGUUUAUAAAGGAGGAGCAACAAAUCAAAUUGUUUCAUUUACGUCGUUACGUCUGGUCAUCUACGUCGUAGUUUUCAUCGCGAACUGGUUUGAAGGAAAAAUAAUCUGGUCUGUGAUAGUGAUCCAUUAAAAAUGAGGCAUCUUGUUCUUUCUGUCCUAUUGGUGGUUUCCAUUGGAAUGGCUACUGCUGUAUCUGUAAAUAAGCUUUUUGCUGAUGAAUGGAAUCUAUACAAGGAUGUCCAUUCUAAGUCAUACACAGAAUUUGAGGAGAAAUUCCGCCAGAAGGUGUACAUGGAAAACCGCCACAAAAUUGCUCGUCAUAAUGCCAGAUUCCAGAAAGGAGAAGUAACCUACAGUAUGGAAAUGAACCACUAUGGGGACUUGCUUCACCACGAGUUUGUUGCAGUUAUGAAUGGAUUUAAGGGCAAAAAUUUUACCAAGUCUGGUGAGGGUGCAUUUUUUAUGGAAGCAGCUAAUGUAGUCAUCCCAGAUUCGGUCGACUGGCGUACUCAAGGAGCUAUAACUGAAGUUAAGGAUCAAGGUCAAUGUGGAUCCUGCUGGGCAUUCUCAUCGACUGGUGCUCUUGAGGGUCAAAACUUCCGCAAGUCAGGAAAGCUCGUGUCUCUGAGUGAACAGAACCUAAUUGACUGCAGUGGUAAAUAUGGAAAUGAAGGUUGCAACGGUGGACUAAUGGAUCAAGCUUUCCAGUACAUCAAGGAUAACAAGGGAAUCGAUACUGAAGACUCAUACCCUUAUGAAGCUGAGGACGAUACCUGCCGAUACAACCCGAAAAACCGUGGUGCCGUUGACAGUGGAUUUGUUGACAUUCCUUCUGGCAAUGAGGCUAAGCUCAUGGCUGCUCUCGCAACCAUCGGACCGGUGUCGAUCGCUAUCGAUGCUUCGCACGAAUCUUUCCAGUUCUACUCUGCAGGUAUCUAUUUCGAACCUGAGUGCUCUAGCGAUGAUUUGGAUCAUGGAGUUUUGGUAGUCGGCUACGGAAAAGACAAAGCCGGUAAGGACUAUUGGCUAGUCAAGAACUCGUGGAGCGAAAAGUGGGGCGAUAAGGGCUACAUCAAAAUUGCCCGUAACCGCAAGAAUCACUGUGGAGUUGCCACCGCUGCAAGCUAUCCUAUUGUUUAAGCUUUCAUAUUUAGAAAAAGAUGCUCAACAUAUGUUUUUCAUCUUGUCAUGUAACCUUUCCCAUUCUGUUCCCCUCGAAUUCGUUUUUAAACCAAAUUUUUUAACCUUCUUUCGGCAUUCUUAAAAUGGAAGAUGUUGAUUAUUUUCUGAAGAAAACCUUGAAUCUGUGAGUAAAUACACCCCCUGACCAAAAAA